AUGAAAGAAAGUUGUUGCUUUAUUACUGACUUCUCUUAUGAACUCUCACCAGUAGCUGAAGACCACACAGGCUUGAAAAAGGAGGAUGGAUCAGUUCAGGAUGAACCCAUUCCAGUUGUUGAAGAGGUAGCAGCUCCAUUGCCUGAGGAAUCACCUGCUAAAGAAAACAUUCCAGUUAUCACACAAGAAACCAAGGAUGUGGUCCCUGAUGACUCUGAAGAAGCCCAGGAAUCAGCCCCUCAGGAGCCUUUGGCGGCAGCCUCAGAAGAAUCCUCCGAAGAGGACACUAUCCUGGUGGACGAGGCUUUAGCAGAGGCAUCCCCAGAGGAAAAUUCAGAGCAGCAGGCUCCAGAAGACCCAGGUCCAGAGGCACCGGUCAUAGUCAUACCUUUGGAAAUUACUGAAGAUGAAGCUCCGGAAGAAAAUGCAGAGGAAGAAACUCCUGUUGUUGUAGAUGAUGCUACAGAAGAUGAGUCUACAGAACAGCAUGAUCUGGAAGAUCCAGCUUUGGUAGCUGUUGUUCCUGUGGAUUCUUCAGAAGAUCCAGAGGAGAAUGCAGCUCCAGACCUUGCUCCUGUCGUCACUGAUGAUGAUACCUCAGAUGAAGAAGAAUCUCUUCCUGCCACACUAGAAGAAGAGGCACCUGCUGUUGAAGAAACAGAGCCACAAGAGUUAGCCGAGGAAGACCUGGCUGGUAUUGUUCCUUUGGAUCCUGCUGAGGGAGAUGCAGAGCCUGAAGAACAAGGCGGGGAAGAAUCGAUAUCUGCUGUCAUAGAGGAAGGUGAACCAGAAGAGUCAGUCCCAGAAGAACCGGCUUUAAUUGUUCCUGUGGAACUUGAUCAAGAGGAACAAGAUGAAACAGUCCCAGUAGAACCAGAAGAACCAGUUGAACAAGUCAUUGUUCCAGUAAUCCCAGAGGAACAAGAUGGAGAAUUGGACUCUGUUCCUGUUGAAGAACCCCUCCCCAGUACAUUAGAUGAAGAGGAGGGAGAGGAAGACAUAUCUAUUGCCCUCCUCCCCGAAGAUCUUGAGACUGAGCAAGAGGGUCAAGAAGAUCCUGCUGUUGAAGACACGGUACCUAAAGAGUCAGACAAAGAAGAACCAGUUGUGAUUGUUCCUCUGGGCCCAGCCGAAGAGGAACCACAGCUGGAGGAAGAUACUGAAGCGGAAUUGAUCCCUAUAGUCUCCCCAGAGGAGCCAGAGGAAGAAGCUCCAGAGGAGGAUACAGAAACAGAGGUUGCAGUGGUACCUGACCCUGAUGUCCCAGAAGAGGACCCCACUGCUACUGAACCAGAAGAAGAGGAACCCAUAAUUCUUGUCCAUGAAGGACUCGAUACGUCAGAGGAAGUAACAGGUGAGGAAACAGCAUCAGAAACACCUGCUGUGGUUCUUGUUGAACCAACUGAUGAGGAAACCGCUCAAGAAGACCCGGUCCUCAUCAUUCCAGUAGAAGAGGAAACUCCAGAGGAUGAAGAUGUUGAAUUAGAACCUGUCCCAGAAGAAGAAACAGAUGAAGACACAGCUUCUGAAGAGACUGAGGUAGUGGAUGACAGCGAUGUAGAGGGACUUAUCACAGUCACAGAAACCCCAUCUGUGAAUGAAACUGUAGAAGUAGAUGAAGACCUCGGUGUGAACGUUUCCGUAGUCGUUCCUGAAAUUAUAACUGAAUCCCCAGUUGACAUUACCAGUGCCCCAAAUGUCACUGAUGCACAAGUAGACAUCAUUGAAUACCCUCUGGACAGUGGAAACGCUACCACAAACAGGACAUCUCUUGGAGAUUUAAAAGCAGCAGCUAUUUCCACCGAAGAAGAAACUGUGGGUAAGUAAAACACUCUCAGCCAUCUUCGCUUUAGGGCCUAUGUCCACUGACGGCAGUUUUUGUGCUUUUUCCCCACCUUAACCCACUCCAGUUUAGUGUUUUUAACUCUGUACCCUAUCAUUCUAGCCACAGUCACUUCUCCCUCAACAACCAGACAGAAAUUGAGAAGGGUUGGAUAUCUACUCUGAUAGAUGAGAAACUUACAGAAUUUUUUUAGGGUGCAAUUUUUCGGGUUGGUUGCUGAACAGAUGCAAAUAUUGAGCCUACAGGACAAUUUAAAACAAGCUUUAUGGUCAGGGAAGUGGACAGGCCAUGGGACAAGCUUUCUUACUGAGCAACAGGCAAGAGGCGCUCUGGAAUUGAAGUUGUGGAUGCUGUGGGUGCAAAACAUGUUGUCAGUGGGGACAGGCCCUUGGGAAUUUCCUUGUGAACCAAGAUGAAAGUUCAUCUUAUUGUCUUGUUCUAUACAUAAAAAAAUUCCUGUACAUUAAUGUAACUGAAUGUGAAAAGUCAUAUCAGUAAGAAUCAAUUAUUAGUGUUAAUUUCACUAACGACAGUUUUGGUGUUCCAGCUCUGGUGAAUCGAGGGACGGUACUGGGCGCAGCAUUCUUCACGCUGAUGUCAUUUAUCGUUUUUGGAUUUGUUUAUACGACCGUAGUCAAGAAACUACGUUGAAUACAAGUGAGUAAUGCACGCCUUAAUAGAACUUGUGUGAUAUAGUAUGAUACAUGAUUAAAUAGUGGGAGCUGAAAUUUAUAGCAGACUUCAAACCAUACCAGUACCACCAUUACUGACUUUAUAAACUGGACUAAUAUGGGGUUUAAACUGGCUGUGAUUAAAGGAAAUGUUCUGUUUUGAAGUGCAGUUGAGUGCUUUCUUAACAAAAGACCGAGUUGACAAGUACCUCAUACAACCCAGAACUAUCCCCAUAGUGUGGGUAUUACUACAAAAUUUAUGAUAUUAAUUCUAUUUACAAAUUGGGAAUAAAGUGAAUUUUUGAAGACUCAGUUUAACUGCUGUGAAGUUGAGAGCUGGCGUCUGAUGAUGAGCGUCUGCAGGGGUUGUUUAGUUCCAUAAUAUAGCACACAGUAACCCCAUUUAAGGUUUCAUUUAACAUGGCACUCAUAGCUCUGAAAUAAAUCUGAAUUUAAGAUAAUUGCCGACCAUAAUAAGGCAAGUAAAACUUUUGUAUCUUGCCACUUGCUGUUCAUUCAAGCCAGAUUUCACGAGGCUCCAGAAUAUUGUCUGACAUUUGCACUUCUCUUUAUUUCUCUUGCUCAAGGACGAUGAAGUCAAUUCAUUUAUAAAUGGAUCAGCUGUUUGAAGAAAAAGAAAUGAAACUCUCAACACCGAGUUUCUCUGCGCUGGAUCUUUUCUCGAGAAGAGAUCACUCAAGGGGAUUCACUGGUUUCUCCCAAAUUUGUACCGUGUGAAGGUCAAC